AUGUCUGCUGUUGCAGAGCAGGAGCCAGGAUUACCUGAGCAACAGCAAGAAGGUAGUGGGAUGGGGCAUGACGCCAGACAAAUUGUCUUGCAUGUACUACCAAUAGACGACGCUAUUGAUGACAUCGACGGAACCGUGGCAUUUCUGGUUUCUCAAGCAGUAGUGAGAGCAAUUGCGGAGGAAGGGUGUGGGCAGGAGGAGAUAUGGCCCGAUAUUGAGGAGAUAUGGCCUCAAGUGGAAGGCAUCUGGCCUGAAGAGGAGGAGGUAUGGCCUGAUGUCGAGGAGGACUGGUAUGUCUGGAACAAUGACCAAGAGAAUGAGGAAGUUUGGAGGGAAGCAGAGGACGACGACGACGACUAUGACAACCAAUACUACAAUAAUGAGGAAGAUGAGGAGGAGGGCUACUAUGACUAUGAUGACGAUGAUGAAGAUGACGACGACGACGACGAUGACGACGAUGAUGAUGAUUAUGAAUAUGAUGAUUAUGAGGAGGAGGAUGAGGAGGACGAGGACGAGGAGAACGAAGACGAAGAACAAGAUGAGGUUCUGGGGGAGGAGAUCGUCCUGCAUGCUUGUGAGUUCACCUAA